AUGCUGGUCACCGUGUACUGUGUGCGCAGGGACCUCUCGGAGGUGACCUUCUCCCUCCAGGUCAGCUCUGACUUGGAGCUCCACAAUUUCCGUGCCCUCUGCGCGCUGGAGUCCGGCAUCCCCGCCGAGGAGACGCAGAUCAUCUACAUGGAGCGGCUCCUCGCCGACGACCACUGCUCCCUGGGCUCCUACGGCCUCCGAGACGGCGACAUGGUGGUUUUACUCCAGAAGGACAGCGUGGGGCCCCGGACUGGGAGACGGACAUCAAGCCGGCCCGGGGUGGAUUUCGCUGGGACAGCCACGCCCGGGACAUCCAGCGCCCGGCAACAGCAGCAGCAGCCGCGGACACAAUCGGUCCAGCAUCUCCGAGGCUUCGACUCGGGAGAGAUGCCAUCGGCCCACGGUGUGGAGAGCCCCGCCCUGAUCCGCAGCCUGCUGCUCUCCAACCCCCACGACCUGUCGCUGCUGAAGGAACGCAACCCCCCGCUGGCGGAGGCCCUGCUCAGCGGAGACCUGGAGACGUUUGCUCGGGUCCUGACGGAGCAGCGCCAGGAGAGGGCCCGGCGGGAGCAGGAGAAGCUUCGCCUCUACUCCGCUGACCCGUUUGAUCUGGAAGCUCAGGCCCGAAUCGAAGAAGAAAUCCGGCAGCGGAACAUCGAGGAGAACAUGAACAUCGCCAUGGAAGAGGCGCCCGAGAGCUUCGGGCAGGUGGCCAUGCUCUACAUCAACUGCAGGGUGAACGGCCACCCCAUGAAGGCGUUCGUGGACUCGGGCGCGCAGAUGACCAUCAUGAGCCAAGCCUGCGCCGAGCGGUGCAACAUCACCCGGCUGGUGGACCGGCGGUGGGCGGGCAUCGCCAAGGGGGUGGGCACGCAGAGGAUCAUCGGCCGCGUCCACCUCGCCCAGAUCCAAAUCGAGGGGGACUUCUUGCAAUGCUCGUUCUCUAUCCUCGAGGAGCAGCCCAUGGACAUGCUCCUGGGCCUGGAUAUGCUCAGGAGACAUCAGUGUUCCAUCGACCUGAGGAGAAACGUGCUGGUGAUCGGCACCACGGGCACCCAGACCCCCUUUCUCCCCGAGGGAGAGUUACCCCCGUGUGCCAAGCUGGUGAGUGGUCAUGGGCAAGACGAGUCUACAGACAAGGAGGUAGCGAAUGCGAUUAAACAUUCGGUCAAGGGACCGGGACGAAAAAAGCACUGA